AUGGGAGCUCAAUCAACGAUGCUACCAAUACAGAUUGGACACCAGACGAUCGGUGGGACCCAUAUUCUAGCAUCGCUCGACGCGUCUUACAACUGCGCCGGCAAUACCCUGACGCGAUCAUUUACGUCCUCGGAGCGGACAUUGCAGAGGUAUUCCUACACGUUCCGGUGCACGCUCGACACGCCUCUGCAUUCGGGGGCAGUAUCCCUCGAUCAUACGUCGGGAUCAUGUCAGGUACCGCCGUCUUCGGGUGGACAGCCUCGCCCGGAUGCUUCGCAGUAUUCGGGAAAGCCGCGAGGCAUUAUCAUCGAUACGGAUAUUCAUAUGUGUUAG